AUGAAUUUGAUCACUACCCCGGGCAGCCCGGGCAGAUUUUCUUUUGGCACAGGCAGCCUGCGCUGCGAAUACCUUGGCGUCCGCGGGGGUGUUCUGGCUGAUGCCAUUGGCUAUGGCAAGACGGCCUGCACCAUUGGUCUGAUUGACAAGACCAAGGCACUGCCAAUGCCCAGAGUGCCCAUGCCAUACAGAGGCUUUGUCCCAAGUCGCGCCACCUUGGUCUUGGCGCCCAGCAACCUGCACGGCCAGUGGCUUUCAGAGAUCCAAAAGUUCACCCGUGACACCUUGAAGGUGCUCUCGGUGCCAACCUGCGCCCAGCUCAAGAGGUUGACCAUGAAAGAUCUCAUGGAGGCGGAUGUGGUGGUUGCCAGCUACAGGCUCUUCUACUCCAACGCAUACUUGACUCGUCUGGAAGAGUUGACGCGUGAAAACUCCUUGGGCUUCACGUUCCCUCAGACCGGAGGAAAGCAUCCAGGCAGUGAAUGGGGCAAGGCCUACCGUCAUGCCUUCGAAGCACUUCCACAGUGGUGUGCCAAGCGCUUGGGCUUCUUUCUAGAGGGUGAUCGCAAGCGGCGCCGUUUGAACGGCAAGCAGCGGUCCCAAGAUUUUCUCCAGGAGGAUCCAUCUUCCAUCUUGGAGCAGACAUCCUUCGUGCCCCUUGAGGCAUUUUGGUGGCGCCGGGUGGUGUGUGAUGAAUUUCAUGAGCUUCUGAGCCGCUAUCCACCUGCACAAGUGGCUGUGGAGUUGUUCCAUGCAGACUUCAAGUGGGGCCUCAGUGGCACUCCUCCAUGUCAAACCUUGCCCCAGAUCCGGAAGGCCGCAGGCUUCAUGGGAGUUCAACUGCCCGAGGGCGACAAAGACGAAGAGCGCAAGGUGGCUCAGGAGUGGAUCGAUGCCUUUGUUCGCCGCAACACAGCGGAUUUGCCGCCCCUGGAAGAAGAGGAGCAGAUUCUGACAGUGCGGCAGACGCCAAAGGAGCGUGCCCUGUAUCUGGCCCUGACCAAGACCAGUCAGGAGGUGACUCUGACGCAGGGCAGCCAGGGAGCCAUAGAGCAGCAGGAUGUCAAGGCUUUGCAGGACCUGGGUCAGAGCACCACGGGCCUCUUAAAGCUCUGCAGCCACUUCUGUAUCUCCAGUGAUUCGGAGGUGUUGAGCGCUGAGGAGGAAUGCCAGCGGCAGCUGGCACUUCGUCGCAAGGAGUUGAACUCUGCCCAGCGGGACGUCAAGGCUCUGGCAGACAAAGCCCUGGCGUCGGUGCAACUGAUUCAGCACUUCGAGCCGUUCUUCGCAAGGUCCUCUCUGGAGAAACACUGUGAACAUCUCCAGAAGGUCACCAAGGCAUCUCUACUGGCACGUGCCAAGUUUUUGGGCUUGAAGGAUCCCCACAAAGACAAGGCCAGACUUCUCUCGCAGCUGCUGUGUGCAGCCGAGAAAUAUAGCAGCAACACAAGGGCAAAGGCCCUGAACCGCUUCUUUGACUCCAAAGGAUGUGGUCGCCCGGCCAAAGAUGCCGAUCUCAAGACAGGUCAAGCCGAGGCCGCCUGGCGACAGCUGAUGGCACUGGUAGAAGAUGACGACCAAGGUGAGACGGAGGAUACCAUCGAGUGCAUUGGAACCUCUUCGGUACGCCAGGUCUGCGGUUGA